CGCUGCCCCGCCUGCGGCCGCCGCCUCGUGUACCGCGGGCUGGAGCAGGCGCCAGUCAGCGUUCCCAGCCCCUUCGUCAACGGGCACGCGCGGCGCUGCGCCUUCCUGCUGCGGCCCACGGCCGGCGCCUUCCUGGGAGAGUAUGAUGGGAAAUCUGAUCUUCAUGUUGGAAUAACCAGUACUAAUGGACUCGUAUACAAUUACAAUGAAAUGGGCAUUCACAGAGUUGAAUUUGGGUGGGAACAAUGCAUUAGUAUCCCACUAGUACAGCCAGGCAUGUAUGGGCUGCUUCAACAGUGGGAUAAGUACCUAGAAGAAUUCUCUGCUGGAGAGGCCUGGCUUCCUCACAGGUAUGAUGAACAUCACCACAAUUGUUACACCUAUGCACUGGCAUUUAUUAACUGCGUAUUGGCUGCACAGGGAAAGCAACAAAUGGACAAAAAUGAAUUCACAGAAAGAUUUGUGAUCCCACAGACAAGGAAAGCUUCCAAGUAUAUAACUCUUUACCAGGCGAUAGCAGAAAACUGUUUCUACACUGUUGACAUUUCUGAUCAGGAAAAGAAUGCUUGUGAGGAAGACAAAUUGUUAAAUUAAAAACCACCACAGAAUUAAAUACAAACAAAGCCAAAAUAUAUAUUCAUGGCAUGCUUGAAAACAGCUAUGUCCUGCUGUAUGUCUGAAAAAGAUUAAUUUGUAUUAUUUUAAUGACACUAAGGUGUGUAAUGAAGAUGCUGUGGUCGUUACAAAAUUUUAAACUCUGCAACUGCUUAAUUUUCUGAAGCACAUGGAAAAGCAAAUAUAUUCCUGUGUGCAUUCACCAUACAGUACUUUGUUUUUUCAGGCAAAAGAUCAUAACUAUAGUAAUUUAAAGUAGCAAAUUUAAACUUAUAACUUUACUCGAAAUCAAUGUUAUAG